ACUUGUUUUUUCAGAAUUUAUUACAGACAAAUUAUCUACGUCCGUGAUCAAUUAUUGUGUCUGUUGCAGGAGAAAAAGGGAGGUUCAAGUUCAGCAAUGCUGGUGCUAAUGAUACUGGUAAUGCUAUGGAGCACCGACCGAAACUGUGCUGCGGACGCGGUCAAUAAGAACAAGAGCAUCAGCAGCCGGUGGUGCGAUGGUUCUUCAAAGGAGGAGGAGUGCCUGAAGCUGCAGCUUUCAAACGACAUAGAGACGGUGGAGAUGUUGAUGGAUUCAGAAGCAAGCAAAAUGGUAUACGAAGUAAGUGCAGCAUCGGGCUUCGCCGACAGUAAAUAUGCAACGAUAAGAUCACUCGACCGAGCUCAAGCCGUUUGCGACCGUAACACAGGCAUUUCCUGCACUGCUCGUGGUAAUUCAGGUACAAAGGUGCCUCCCAAUUGUACACCAACUUCAUACAACAGAGAAUGCCACCGUCAUUGAUUCACCGCUUCUCUUGAAAUUAGUAGGAUUCCAGUAUGAUUACCGAAUAACCAAGAGUAUACUUUCUAAUGUUGUCUGUUGUGUCUCAUUUCAAUUGUUAUCAGCAUACAUAAAUCAUAAUGAUGGAAAACCAUCUCUUUCAAUAUAUGCAUAAAUAUUUCUCAUUGGUCUAGUGGUCAGAGGUCAGCUUUGCAUAUCAAGAGACCUAGAUUCAAUUUUUGUGAAGUGCAAUCUGGACUUGGUGUUUGUCCAAUAAAACGAUUUCGUUUUGAUUUA